AGACGUGACUGUAUUCCCUCCUUUACCAACUCAGAUUACUCUACGGAGUACCCUCGCGCACCUUGUCUACUGAACACACACUGUACAAGCACACGCCGACCAACCGCCAAAAUGAGCAAAGAUUCCUCCAUAACAAACCUCCACAUGCACCACCCCCGACUCGCCGACUUUUUCGAAGACUUCACCCGCCCGCACACCUCCCCAACCUACAUCUCGCACAACCCCCAAUCCCACACCCACACUCACAACAACACAACCGUAACCUACGGCUCGUCUUCACCGACCCACGUCCCCUCCUUCCUACCAAUCGAGGAGAUCUACGUCCUACCGCAGUAUCAGCCACCGAAUCCAGAGGACGAGGAUGAUGUUGUGCCGGACCAGCAUGCGGCGUUUGGGAUUACGAGGGCGAUGGAGAGGAGGAGGGAGGCUGUUUGGAGGGAUUUGGGGAUGGAGGAGGUUGUUGCGGGGGAGAAUAUGGGAGGUGGGAAUGGGGGUGGGAGGGGGAGGGGGAGGAAGAUUCGGGUUAAGGAGUCGGGGAGGUUGAUGGGGGGGAGGAGGACGGUUUGUUUGCGGUGA